CAGCCUGAUUUGCAGUGCUUGGGCUAAACUAAUGCUUUGAUGGUCCUGGAUCUAAAGAAAGCUAAAUCCAUCAGAAAAAUGUCUUGGGUUUUCUAGCUCUAUGAGAAACAGCUCUUUUUGCGUGACUAUGGUAUUCAAGAGAUCUGAACUGCGUCAGGAAACUCAUCACUGAAGUACCCUUGGAAAACUACAGAUCCAUUUGCAGCUGUUAAGCAUAGGAAUAAAUGGGACAUGUGAACUGUGUAAUUGCUUCCCAGCCAUGCUGUCAGGCAGCACCCUCCUUAGACAUGGAGACAUGAGGCACACCUCUUUAUCUCUGAGCACCCAUCAACAUGAAUGCAAACAGGUGACACGUAAGCCUCUUGGCUGUGUGCUAAAGAGGUGGUGCUAGAAAAAUACUCCUACUGGAAGUACUAUCUCCAGUGUGCCCUAACUAUUCCUUUAGCAGAGUUUGGGUGCAUUUCAAUGAAAAGACCCUUUGUAGAGCUACAAGGUGUCUCCUGAAUUCUCACUAUGUCUGAUGGGGACUAUGACUACCUCAUAAAAUUUCUAGCACUCGGUGAUUCUGGAGUAGGAAAGACCAGCCUUCUUUACCAAUAUACGGAUGGCAAAUUUAAUUCCAAAUUUAUCACAACAGUGGGCAUUGAUUUUCGGGAAAAGAGAGUGGUGUAUAGACCCAGUGGGCCAGAUGGUGUUGCUGGCAGAGGACAGAGGAUACAUCUUCAGCUCUGGGAUACUGCAGGGCAGGAAAGGUUUCGUAGCUUGACAACGGCUUUCUUCAGAGAUGCCAUGGGGUUUCUUCUGCUCUUUGAUCUGACAAAUGAGCAAAGCUUUCUGAAUGUCAGGAACUGGAUAAGUCAGCUACAAAUGCAUGCAUAUUGUGAAAACCCUGACAUUGUAUUAUGUGGAAACAAGAGUGAUCUGGAAGACCAAAGAAUGGUGAAAGAAGAAGAGGCUAAGGAACUUGCAGAAAAAUAUGGAAUACUGUAUCUUGAAACCAGUGCAGCUAAUGGAAAUAAUGUAAGCAAAGCCAUUGAAACUCUGCUUGACCUCAUUAUGAGGCGCAUGGAACGGUGUGUGGAUAAAUCCUGGAUCCCAGAAGGGGUAGUGCGCUCCAAUGGGCACAGCUCUACAGAACAACUGAAUGAGGAGCAAGAAAAAGGCAAAUGUGGCUGUUAACUCAGUUACAAAAUGUAUGUGCUAAAGUAUAGUACAGUUGCAGCUUAACUGUUUAACUUACAAACAAAUCACAUUGUGUAGUUAUUUAAUGAGCUGUAUUAAUUAUUGAUAAUAACUUUUGUUUUUUUCCUCUCAAACAACAUUGACCUUUGCUUGCAAGGUAUGCAGUUUAUUAGUGAUGGGACAGAGAUUUAAUUUGGUGUAGCACUUGGAUAUUCCUCUAAUUCUCUACUUUGGAGGGAAGGGAAGGUGAUUUCUAAAUUACCAAAUUUAGAAACAUCUCUCUGUAUGGGCAAUGAGAAAGGGUAGGCUUCUGAAUUGAAGGAUUUUCAAUUGCCCUUUGAAGGCUCCACUAACUACACAGACUAGGCAUUUAGAUUAGAUACUGUGACAGCUCUUAGUCUCUACUAACAGCAAGCUUACCAACAUGGUUCUUGGUUUUGAACAGAAACAUUUAAUCAUUUCAUCAAUCAAUAACGAUCUUAAAGAGCAAAUCCUGUGUUUUCCACAAAAGCCUGCGAAUAGCUUUUCCUUGCUCUCUCAAACCAUCAGUUUUAAGUGAUGAAAACCAAAAUAAAACUAUUCUAUAUAGAGUAAAAAACUACAAAGAAGUACAGGGGUGCAUAUGUAGAGCACUUCAGGUAUGUCAUGAAAUUGAACAUGUAAACUACAACUGUACUAUAUAAAAUAUAUCCAACACAGCCUGUGAGACCUCCUGACAUCAUUUGAAUUUCUAGAACAUGCAUAAACAUAUAUUUAUAUGUAAAUGGCAUAACUGUACAUCUGUUGUUAUGUUUCAUUUAUGUUACCACUCAUGUUUUAACAGGAAUGUAGGGCAACCUAGAUGUCAGCAAAACUUCAUCAGAGCUAGUGCUUUGCACUGAACUUAUUUCACCAAACACAGAUUUGGAAUGUUUCUUCAAAUUUGGAUUGAAAAAUGAAUGAUGAUUGUCUUCUGGUGAGAUGCAGCUAAAAUACCAGUUCUGUCUAGAUCAAUAUUUCUAUAAAUUUAUAAUGCUCAUUUUAUUCUGCCAGCCUUUGUGUCCUGUACAUCUUGGUUACCAUACAUUCAUUUAUGGCUUGUUCAUUUCCUUAAGGUUGUCUUUAAAAAAGAAUAGAGUUGCUUUUCUCUCUUUCCCCCUACAGAUCACACAAAUGUCAAUUUUGGUUUCAGUGGAUCAUGUUACUCUUUGAUCUUUUUUAUUUAUUCGUACAACCUAAGGAACAAUCAGUAUUUUUGUGGUCUUUUUUCCAGACUGAUUUAUAAGGUGUGCCUACCAAACUGUUUUCUACCCUGGCAGAAGUUGUAUAACUCUGAAGUAUUGCCAACUAAAGUCAUAACAUGCCAAACUGAGUCUUUUUACAGACUUUCCACAGCAGUUUGUUUACAAAACUCCAAAGCUGUUACUUCUUUAGAAAUGAUGUCUUUAUUUAUUUAAAUAUUCUAACAACUGCAAUUUCAGACAGACGUUGAUACCAGUUGUGAACAUGAAUUGCAGCAUAACAGAUUUUUUGAAGGACCAAAAAUGUUUCUAGAAUAGGAGCUAAUAAAAAAAAAAAAUAUUUGGUGUAGCCUCUGGUUAUAUUAAUGCAAGAAUAAGUGUUAAAACUUUGGUUCUUAAAAUAUUUUACAAAGUAAUGCAUUGUUCUUUAACAAACACAACAUGUAAAUAUUAGAUUUUUAUCACAGCCUACACAGAAUAUUUUAAAAGUGCAAUGUAAUUUGACUGCUUUGGGGCUAGGACAGAGAUUAAAGCAAUUUAUAUUGAAUAAAUAUAGGGGUUUUUUCUACUACACAAUACCAAGAUUCUAAAAUGCUUGUGGACCGGCGUUACUGUAGUUUAACUCAGAGUGCCUUUUGAAGUUACCAUCAUGUUUCUGACCAGUAGAGUAUCAAACUCUGCUGUAGGACACAAUACGUUUCAAUGUACUUCAGUGUCUGAAUUUCUUUUAAUGUAACUCUCUGCUUUUCAGAGGGUUGUAGUGGAACUUUGUCAUGCGUUAAUUUUAAUGGGAGUUUUUGUGCUUAUAGCUCCAUCCAGUUCCUGAAAACAGUAAGGAUUAUUGCAACCAACUACUGAGCUAAGUGACUACUGAAAUGGUGUAAAAAUAUUUCCUUUUGAAUACUUAUGUUUAGAUUGGAUAUUAAAUACCGAAACUGUCAUAUUUUUGUCAUGCAUAUUAUAUGUAACUAUUUACUGUAUAAAGAGAGUCUUUAUACAAAGCAUAAAAUUGCUUUGAUGUCAGCCUUUUAAAUGUGCCAUAAGAUUUACCUGUUUGAAUUAUUCUGUGGCAAAACUUUUUGUUCCCUUUUUAGCUCUCAAGAGAAAUCAUGGUAAAUGUUUCUUGACAGUGAAUUACACUAUUCUUACUAGUCUAGCACUGGUUUUAAAAAAAACAAAUAAAGAUGAUUUCUCAUG